CUUGGUUUAUGGAUUCCUGUCUCCAGUAGUUAGAAAUGUCCCAAUAUGAUGACAUCGGGGAAUGAUAGGAAACCGUCAAGGGUUGGGUUCGAACCAGGAACAAAACCGGUACCACUUCCUGAAGAACAGCUGCAUUACGAUACACAAACAACAACAACAACACAGGUUGAGAGAGGAGGAGGAGGAGGGGGACGGGUUGAAGAACCAAGAUCUAGACAUGAACAGGAUAAAAGGAAUAUUUACAAGCACCCGCUGUUUCCCCUGUUGGCGUUAUUGUUUGAAAAGUGCGAGCUAGCGACGCAAUCUCCAGACUGCCCUUCAAGCGAUUCAUUCAACCAGGAUAUUCAUACUUUUAUCUCUCACCACCAGAGGGACAAUAAACCUUUCUUUACUCAAGACGAGGAGGUCAAUGACCUGAUGAUCCGUGGUAUCCAGGUUCUCCGAAUCCAUCUGCUAGAACUAGAGAAGGUUCAAGAACUGUGUAAAGAUUUCUGUAACAGAUAUAUAACUUGUCUCAAGGGGAAGAUGCAGAGUGAAAACUUACUCAGAGGUUCUGUGACUGAGUCUGAAAAAGUUGAUACAGGUCAUCCGAUGUGUUAUAUUUUUCCAAUUGUUCCUUUCUUUCUGAGCUAAACGAUCUACUGGGACUACGGCCAAUCGACUUUGAUCUUGGUUUAAACAUUUUAGAAGGUAUCAUUCUUUACUCAGCCCCUAAAAUACCAAAAAUCAAAAAGUUUAAAUCUUCAACUAACAGUGUAUACACAACGUACAACAGGAUAUCUUAAAAAGAUGGCAUCCGCCGCUCCUUGUACUCUGUUAAUUUUGGACAAAAACUAAAGAUAAAAAUUAAGCUUAACAAGUCCCCUAAAAGACCAAAAAUCAAAAAGUUUAAAUCUUCAACUAACAGUGUAUACACAACGUACAACAGGAUAUCUUAAAAAGAU